UCCCUUAAAUAUAUAUUCACCUCAUUUCAGUUGACGCAUUUAACAUUUUUAAAAUUGCCUCUGGAAAGCUCUACAAAACACAGCAAAGACCAGUUCGCAGGGAGUCUUGAUACCAACAAGCUGCAACCAUGAGUACCAUGAAAUUUUGUAGAGAAUGUAACAACAUACUGUACCCAAAGGAUGACAAGGAACAGAAGAUCUUGCUCUAUGCUUGUAGGAACUGUGAUCACCAGGAGCCUGCAGAAAACAAUUGUGUUUAUCGAAAUGAGAUACAUCAUGCAGCAGGUGAGCGUACACAGGUUUUGCAGGAUGUGGCUAGUGAUCCCACUCUUCCCCGCACUAAAACUGUACGGUGUGCUGCCUGCAAUCAUGGGGAGGCUGUAUUUUUCCAGGCGACUGCCAGAGGAGAAGAAGGCAUGACUCUGUUUUUUGUUUGUUGCAACCCUAACUGUGGUUAUCGAUGGAGAGAUUAAGCAUUUCUUGUAAUAACAAGAAUUGCAAGUCCAUAUCCAGGUGUAUAUACCUAACAAAAUGUUAUGCCACCUGUUUACCAAGCAAAACAUCCAUUUUGAGUGUCGGGUGUUUCUGUGGAUGACUCUGAUGGAAGUAGAUUCAAUGAUAUCGAGGAAACUGCUGUCUGACUAUGACGGUCUUACGUUAUGUCAGUACAGUCAAAAGGUGCACUGGCAUUGUAUUUAAGCAUAUUAGAGAUAGAUGAUAGCGACUGGCCAUGAUGUGAAUUACUGGUAAUCUUGAAGGGGGAAAACUUUACAUUCUGUACAAAAUACAUGAGCUUUUGAUGUUGCCUGUGAAUAUUGAAAUGAAUAGGUGUAUGGUGACUGUUUUA